AUGAACCUUCCGGGCAAGCUAAUACUCGCGCUUGUAUUUUUAUUUACCUGUAAUGGAAGGUAUAUAGCCAGAUUUGCUGGUGCUGCUCCUGGUUCGGCAGGUUAUGCCAGUAGCAGUGCCCCUCAGAUAGGUCAAACUCACAGAGUUCGUAAUGAUAAUCCAUAUUAUCCGAAUUUAAACAAUUCAAAUAAUUAUGAAUCCAACUAUAUACCUGUUAACCCCGGUGAACCGCCUCCUGCAGCUCCUCCGGUUCCUGCUCCGAGUUCAAGGUAUGAUCAGAGUUUUGGCAUGACUCCUAGAGUUGCCGGGCCACCGCAAGCCCAGCCUCAACCAGCUAGACAAGUAUCAGCCGUGCCAGUAUCGCAAACCCCCGGAGCUUCGCCACUGGCAGCUCCUGCAGCAGCACCCAGGCCGUUGCCUCAUUACGCGGACUUUGUUGCUUCAGCUAAAACACAAGCUCCCGCUCAGCAACUUAUCCAGGCCCCUCAACCUGUAAACACACAUGCCACCGCUCAAGGCAAGUUGAUUAUAUUUGACAUUAACGACCGGAACUCUACCACGUACAUCACAUACGAAUUUGAUGACGAAACUCAAGAGGACGUGUUCAUUCCUAAUGCACCUCACUCAAUUUUCAAGGUUACCAACGGUGACACUGUUGUCUGGACUUCGACUAAUCAUACGUACCCAGACGAGGUCAGAGUACGCAUUGAUGACAGAGGCGAGCCUAAAGUUAGGAUAUUCUUCCCCCCAGUCGACCAACCCCAGGCGAAAACCGAACCAGCUGCUUCUAGAGGCGCUGUGCCUGAAGAGACCGGGCAAUUGCCUAAGCUUCCUGAGCCAGAGGUGUACUCUGCCUACUUUACAACCGUUGAAGUAGACAGCAAGAAGAGUACCAACAAGAUCAAGUAUGAAUUCGACCAAGUUAAGAACCUCGAAAGAUUCACUGCUAAGCAGCCGUUCAUGAUAGAAAGAGUCACUAAGUCGGGCAAGACAAUUUGGCCCCAUGGCAAGUUGAUUAAUCCUGCUCUUAAGCUUAUCAUAAGGAAGACCAGAAGCGGCAAGGAUAGGCUAAAGGUAUUCUUCUUCGAGGAUGAGGACGAGGACGACGAAGAGGAAGAGGAAGACCCAGAGUUCGGGUUCCAACCCAGAGUCGUCCCUGCUGGAACGCAAUAUGGAUACACAGCACCUGCAGCUAAAGCGCCUCAACAGCAACUCCAACCACAACUGCCACAGCUGCCUCAACUUAAGCCAAUUCAGCCUCCACAGGUUCAACACGUACAACCAGCUCAAACUGCUCCACAUUUGCAGCCUGCUCAUGUUCAGCCUCCUUUGCAGUUACAACACCAGGCUCAGCCUACUCAAGUGCAACCUGUUGUGCCUCCAAUCGUACAGCCACCGGCGCCUCAGCAACCAGUGCCUGAACGGUUUGGGGAUCACGAGCCAUUUGAAUCUGAAAGCGCCUAUGAGUUAGAUUUUGACCAAAUUAUUGCAGCCCCUCCACAACCAGUGUCACAGCUCCCAUAUCCAUAUGGUACAGCUUCCUCAGUCUCAACAGUUACCACAGGUCCAACCUCUGUCUCAGCUACCUCAACAGCAACAACUCAGCAAUUCCAGUCUCCAUACCCUUAUGGCUACCCCGGACAACAGGGUCAGUUCCCCGGCUAUCCAGCUUUUUCAGCCUACCCUGGUCUACCUCAAGUUCCAGGUUACCCAGCAUUCCCAGGACAACCUCAGUACCCCGGAAUUACUGGAUACCCGGUCCAACCUGGUCAGAUGCCAGCUCAGCCUGGCCAAAUGUAUCCUGGGGCCUUAGGGCCUACCCAACCCGUUUCAGAAGCUGAGGACCCUUGGGCAGAUAUUUUGUUGCUGACUAAAGACCAGAAUAACAAGUCUGUUUUGCUCCACCAAGACCUUUACGACCCUAAAGCUAUUGCUAACAAUGUUGUCCAGUACGCGUUAGCACAACACGCUAGGUGCACGUCCAUCAGGUCAGGUAAGAAAACAAUAUGGAAGCACUAUCCACAAGAGUAUGGCGAUAGUUUUCCCCAGACUAUCACCCACAACAAGAACACUCAUAAGAUUUCAAUCCAUUUUAAAGAGUUCAUUAUUCUAUAUCAGAGGGACACAGAUGGGAAAUGGAAUGACACCGAAUACGAUCUCCGACUGUUCACAGUUAACCCACGCGAUAGGAGAUCUAUCAUCGAGAUGGACAGCACUCAGUAUCACUUGGGGAAGGUGGACGAUGAGAAGUAUCAAUUUACUUUCAGAGACGGUGUUCGUUGCGCUGAGGUUCACAUCGACGAGCAAAUUGUAUGGAAGCACGGAGAGUUCAGUAUGCAAGACCCUCUUAUGGUUUCAUAUCACGAACAGCUGGAUGAGAUCGCAGUGGGCAAUGAGCAGAAGCUUCUGGUUUACUACAAGCUCGACGACGGGUGGCCCUUUUACAGGACCAAGUACAUUAACGGGCACAGGAGGCCUAUAACUGGCAAUACUAAUCGAGAUAGGGGUCUACCAUACACUAGCAGUCCUGGAACCAGUGAGGAAGAGAUCCCACAAGCCUACUUUGGAAACACUCUUUACCAUCGUGCCUUUGCAGGGGGUGUUCACUACGGUUUUAACAUUAAAGGAUAUAGAUUUAACCCGUGGUUUUCAGGGCCAUCUCCUCUUAACCACUAUCAUAUGCUCUCUGUACCAUAUUUGUCGCCUUUGGCCUUUAAUGUUACCGUAAAUGUUUUCGAUUCCCUUAUACAAUUAGGGGAUUAA